CGAGAGCUACAGGCCUCAUCGUUUAUUUGUUACUUCCAGUCUGUUCGUGCCCCUGGAGCAGAACCUGGCGUAGACCCGCGAAGGCCAUCAACUGUUGAGCAAUACUCCAAUAUCCAUGAGGAAUGCUUAAUUCAAGUCAUCGAUUAUGGGGGGGCACACGCCAGUUUCCAACGAGCUACCAACGAGAGCUUGAUUCAUUUCCUGGAGGAUUCCAAAACAUCUGUCAGACCAGUAUGGGCUAAGGUUAGAUGGAUCAAUGUCAUGGGUAUUUCAUGGGAUGUGAUUAGCGCCUUAGCAUUGCAAUACGACUUGCAUCCCCUUUCUGUCGAGGAUGUCCUUCAUACUCGACGCACGACCUUGUCGAAGGCCGAUUACUACGUCAAGCACCUGUUCAUAUCCACCCUUUGCCACACAUUGGGGGAGAAAAAUCACGGGAGGAAGGACAAACAUCAUCAUCACCCUCUGCAAGACAAUGGUGUCAUUGUUGAUGAUAAAAUAACAUCCUCCCGUAUUCCCAGCAACUCACGUGGAGUUCCUCAAGCCUGCCUCCCCCAGCGACUGCUGAGAACAGGAAGUCCAAGUCAUGGCAUUGGUUUAACUCGAAGUCGAGCACCCCCAAACCGUCCAAACGGACGGCCCACGAUGACGACAAUUCUGAUGAGAUGUGCACUCCCGAUCGAAGACAUAGGCCACCUUUUCGAGGAUAUCACUAUGCCACAUGUUGCGGCGUCGAAGGCCUUUGUCAAUGAGUUGAAGAAAGAUGCUCGAAUAAACGUCGAGAUCCGGAACCUUUACCUUUUCCUUCUGCGUGAUGGCACUGUUAUCUCGAUCUACAGAAAGGAUGCUACGUCCCGCAUGUUUGCCACACCAAUCGUUAACCGCCUGCGGGAGCCGCAUACUAUCUUGCGGGCGUCCGCAGACCCAUCUUUGUUGCUGCAAGCAAUCCUAGAUUAUAUUGUGGAUGAUGCAUUGCGAGUUAUCGAUUGUUACCACGAUAAGAUUCUGUCUCUCGAGCGUCAGAUUCUUAUCAAGCCAAAGAUGAUGUCGGUUAGGCAACUCCACAUCCUCAGUGGCGACAUCACGCUGCAUAAGAGGACCUUAACUCCGUUGAGGAGUUUGGUGUAUGGACUUAGAAGAUACGAUCUUGCCAGGUGUCAGGCGCUCCGAACUAUCGGGGUAAAAGGGUUCAUGACACAUCAAGCUAAGAUAUACUUGGCUGACGUCUUGGAUCAUACGGAAUAUAUCCUCAGCUCCCUCGAUACGUUCUCCAGUAUCGCAGAAAAUUUAAUCAAUUUUACGUUCAACACGAUCUCGUACCAAACUAACGAGACCAUGUGGCGACGAUUGAGCAUCGCAACAGUUAUCUUCUUUCCAUUGACCUUCCUCACUGGCUACUUCGGAAUGAACUUUGAGAACAUGUGGUCUAUUCAUCACGGCACACCGAUAUCCUUCUGGAUUAUUGCCAUUCCUGUCAUGGUUAUUGUCAUUAGCUCUUUCUUGUGGCAUGAUCUCGAACGCAUGACGCGCUUCAUUCGGAACGAAGCAGACCGGCGACAUUUCAAGAAGGUACGGAUACACCUCGACCUUGCACAGAUCGUGUCCUCGCAACUAAUUUCACAUUCCAUCAAUUUGCACAGUCUUUCAAGCUAAAGCAAGCUUGAUCAUGCCAGGGGAUCGGACUAAGGAUCUGGUUCCAAGCUUUUUUCUGCGGUAUAUUCUCUUAAUUAAGACUAUCGAGGAUUGUGUGGUCUGGUUCUGAUAUUAAUGUCACAUUCAUGAGCUCCUGUGGUUGUCUAUUUAUCUCGACCCGUCCGCUUCUCAGCUCGUUGCCCCUGCACUUGAGACCCGAUACUGGCGCUACACGGAUCCCUCAGCAUGGGGUGUCAAAAAAGUCAAUUCUGACGCGACAGUUGAUUUAUGAGAGCUGCACUAGGCGGAAUAUCUGGUAUGGGCUCGAAGAAAGGGAACGAUUGAGUGUU